AUGGCGCCCGACCUUCUCAAGGAGAACCAUUAUGCAACUCUUGGCCUGCCCUUUGGGGCCUCAGAGGAGGAGAUCCGCAAAGCGUAUUUGGAGACCAUGCGGCUGCAUCAUCCCGACCGGUGCCGCGAGACCGCUGAAAGCCGAGCGCGCUUUCUUGAGGUGCAAGCUGCCUGGCGCUGUCUCUCCAACUCCACGCGGAGGUUGCUGUACGACCUUCGCAACUUCGGGCACUCCUCAGUGGAUGGCGCCCAGGGCCCAGAAGCAGAAGCGAAGCUCCGGGAGCAGGCGAAGGAACAAGCAGAGCUGGACCUUCGAAACAUGGAGGUGGAGCUGCAAAGGAUAUUGCAGGCGGAGCGGGCCAAGAAGGGCAUUCUCGUGAAGCAG